CGAGAACAAACUCGUCUUUCGCCAGUCCAAUCGGCCAGAAUAAACGCGGUUGCGGCCGCGUUCCAGCACGCCUGGGAUGGGUAUUCCAACUAUUGUUUCGGCCACGACACACUACAUCCUGUGACAAACAGCUGCGAGGAUGACUUUGGUGGUUACGGCGCUACAGCCAUUGACUCCUUACCUACUGCGAUCAUUUUCGAGAACCAAAAUGUGACCAUACAGAUUCUAGAAUUCAUCGCCGCUCUUGAUUUUAAGGUAGUCAAAGGAGGUAGCCGAAUCCAGGUCUUCGAAGUCACUAUUCGACAUUUCGCUGCCAUGAUAUCGGCCUGGGACUUACUCAACGGUCCGUUCUCUCAUAUAGUCGAUAACUCGACCCUCAUGGACGCGUUGCUCGCUCAGAUGACAACAUUGGGAGAUGCGCUUAGCUGCGCUUUCGACAGUCCGAGUGGCGUGCCUCGUGAGUGGGUAGAUCCUGCUUUGUGUCAGUCAGACAAAGGCACCCAAAAUACCAUAGCUGGUGCUGGAACAAUGAUCCUUGAAUUUGCCAGAUUGUCAGAUAUCACCGGCAACCAAAAAUAUGCCAAACUAGCGCAGAGAGCUGAAGAUUAUUUGCUGAAGCCACAACCAGCAUCUGGAGAGCCAUAUCCAGGGCUUCUCGGUUCUUUCAUCAACGUGGACAACGGAGAGAUCAUCGGAUCGCAGGGCAGCUGGGGUGCUCUUGCAGAUUCAUAUCUAUACAACAGCAAUCUCUACGAGCUUUACCUGGAGCGAUGGCUUCUUGCAACAGACUCGACGAUUCAUUACAUCGGAUCACAUCCCUAUAGUCAUCCGGAGUGGACCCUCUUGCCAUCUUGGAAUGGACACAAUCUGCAAAACUCAAUGGAGUCACUAUCUUGGUUCGCUGGUGGGAAUUUUAUACUCGGAGGAAUGGUAACGAACAACAAGACUCUUGUUGGAUACGGCCUGUCGAUCGCCGAUGCAGCAGGUGCUGUAUACAAUUCAACCCAGACUGGACUUGGAGGGGAGUUUGUCACGUGGGACACGACCUGCGAGGCCAGUGAAAACAACUCUUGCGACCCCAAUAACUCUUUUCGCAUCUCCGAUGGCAGAUUUCGGUUGAGACCUGAGGUCUUGGAGACUUGGUACUAUGCCUAUCGAGCUACGAAAGAUGAGAAGUAUAGAGAUUGGUCUUGGGCUGCCUUCGAAGCCAUAAAUCGUUAUUGCCGCACGGAAAGCGGAUUUAGUUCUCUUACUAACGUGGAUGCUGCAGAGGGUGGCAGUAAGGGUGACAUACAGGAGAGUUUCGUCUUUGCUGAGGUGAUGAAGUAUGUGUAUCUUACACACUGGGAGCCGGACUGGUAUCAAGAACACAUGGGUGUUCAAUACGGAAGCGCAUCCAUUGCGUGUUGCUGGUCCGCCACGAUGAACUCGGAUAUGGUUUUCUUUCCCGAG